CGUUUCUUUAUUCUUCGUCUCCUUCUCUCACGCCUUCGUCUUCAGAAUCAAACUCCAUUGAAAUCUCUCUCUCUCUCUCUCUCUCUCUCUCUCUCUCUCUCUCUGUGAAGUGGAUCUUUAUAAUAUGCAACAUCUCUCUGAAUUGGGGGAUUUUUAUUAGACGCACGGAUAGGAAAAAGAAGAGAGGAAAAGAAUGAUGAAAAUGAGAACAGGUACAACCACGUCCGCCGGCGGAGGCCGCCAUGACUGGGAGCUCCGGCCAGGAGGAAUGGUUGUGCAGAGGCGGACCGAUCAGAGCUCCGGCGAGUCUCCGGUGAUUCGGGUUCGGGUCAAAUACGGGUCGGUCUACCACGAGAUCACCAUCAGCUCUCAAGCCACCUUCGGAGAGUUGAAGAAGGCGCUGUCUGGUCGGACGGGGCUUCACCACCAGGACAUGAAGAUUCUGUACAAAGACAAAGAGAGAGACUCGAAGAUGUUUCUGGAUCAUUCGGGCGUCAAAGAUCGGUCAAAGCUGAUUCUCCGAGAAGAUCCGAUCGCUCAGGAGAAGCGUCUCCUGGAGAAGAGGAAGAACGCCGCCAUUGACAAAGCUUCAAAGUCAAUCGCCGACAUUAGCCUCGAAGUCGACAGACUCGCCGGACAGGUAUCGGCGUUCGAGACGGUGAUUAACAAAGGAGGGAGAGUGGAGGAGAAGAGCUUGAUGAACCUGAUCGAAAUGCUAAUGAACCAAUUGCUGAAUCUGGACGCCAUUACUGCAGAUGGAGACGUGAAAUUGAAGAGGAAAAUGCAGGUGAGAAGAAUUCAGAAACACGUCGAGACGCUCGACGUGUUGAAGAUCAAGAACUCGACUCCUGACGCUAAACCCGAGAUCCAAACCCGAAACUUGGAACCCAAGAAACCAGACAGAAGCAAACGACAAGAACAAGAAUCGUCAGAUUCGUAUAUAGAUCAACGCCAACACUAUCCGCAACGGGAUUUUGCCUCGUCCGGCCCCGUGGUCGUGACAACGAGAUGGGAAACGUUCGAUUCCAUGGCUGCUACUACUUCGUCAUCGGCCGCGCCGGAUAAGUCGUCGGUCCAUCCACGGUUCAAGUGGGAAAUCUUCAAUUAAACCAUACAUACAUACAUAUAUAUAUAUAUACCAUACUAUAAUACUAUAUAAAUAUACUUCUUUAUUACCGUUUUCUUCUGUAUUCUCUCUGUUUUUUUUUUUCUGUAUGAUCUGUGUUUGGCUUUUAUGAUUCCCUCAUCGAAUAUUUUUCACAAAUAACAAUGGAUUCUCAGCAAAUAGUGGCA